GCUUAUAGAAGACACUAAUGGUGAUAUUAAUUCAAGUGUAGAAGCAACACUGAAUGACAUCACUUGAAGAUGAAAAACACCAGCAUUUGACACCACUCAUAAUUAUUUCAAUUGGACCCUCCAUCCCUGUGCCUCUAUAUAUUGUUUCCCUUUGCAUUGCUUCCACUCCAAGCCUUUUUUCUUCUACUAAUCAAGUGAAAGAAAGGGAAAGUGAAGCUCAGUAGUACUUGCACAAUUUCCAUGGAGAAAACAGUAAAGACCUCCCUUCAACUAAUGCUGAAGGUUUUCAACUCUGUCGCGGGACUGGCUGGGAUCGCGAUGAUCAUGUAUGGCUUAUGGUUGAUUCGAGUAUGGCAGACCGACAUGAAAGGAACAUCUUCUGAGGAUCAAACUUCAUUUCCAUGGUUUGUACAUGCUUUUAUUGGCCUGGGAAUCAGCUUCUGUGCCAUUACAUGCCUAGGCCACUUUGCUGCUCACACUGCUUACUCACAUUUCCUCUCUGGUUAUAUAUCUGUUAUGUCUAUUCUUCUCUUUGUAGAGACUCUCAUGAUGGCACACCUAUUUCUCAGUCUUGAAUGGGAGAAGGACUUACCAGAGGACCCAACAGUGAGAUUUGAUGAUUUCAAAGAUUAUGUGGAGUCAGAGUUGAGUAUGUUCAAAUGGCUUGCGGUGUUGAUUGUUCUAACACAGGGAGUAUCAAUCAUUUUGGCCACAGCUGUUAAAGCACUGAGAACAGACCUGGAAAUGUCCUAUGGCUGCGACGAAGAUUCUGUCCCUCACCUUCUUCCAUAUUCUUCAGUUCAGCAACUUCCCAGCAUAGUCGGUGGACCGUACUUCGCCUUUGCCGACUAUGUCUGAGUGUUGUAGCUUUCUCAGCUGACAGAACCAGGAUGCGAGUGGGCAGGGAAGGGAAGCAAGCAAGUGAUGCAAGAAUUAUCAUCUAAAUUUAAGAUAUAAGAUGAAAUUCUACAAGCAAAUUAUAAUGCUGUAGCAAGAAUUUCCUACCAAUAUGUUAGUUUCAGUUCCAGCUGAUACUUGAGCUAUGAGAUAGUCUAAUGUUAUGAUCCUGUCAAUUUCUUCCUUUA